AUGACACAUUUGCAUCGUGAACAAGCAGAGGUAUUGAAAAAAAAUUUGAACGUGGAUGAAGAAGGAAAUUACUCGUACAUUGUACACGUAGAACUCACAGUUAUGGAUAUCAAUGGGGAAUCUCCAUCUUGGGCUAUGGAUCCAUCUCCUUAUUUAGCUGUGGUGUCCCCGUGGGCUGCUGCUGGUUCAUACGUAUACAGAUUACAUGCUGUCCACAGAGAUACAAGUAGUGGAGGAGAACUAGAAUACUUCCUACUCAAAGGUGGAGAUGACAGAUUUAAAGUUGACCAGAGCACAGGCUGGAUCAGAACCACUGGGCUUCCUUUAGUGAAGAAUGAAGAUUAUUUACUUACUGUACAGGCAGCUGACAAACGUGGAAAGAAAAGUUUUCCAACUGUUAUUUCUGUGCUAGCAGGUCCUAGACGACCACAGUUUAAACAAACUUCAUAUAGAGUCCAUAUUCCAGAAAAUAUCAGCCCCGGAGUCACACUGGUGACAGUGUCUGCUUUGUCUCACCAAAACAAUACCUUAAGCUACAGCUUGUCUACAAAUCCCCAAAACCUGUUCAGUAUUCACCAGCUGAUGGGUGAAGUCACUUUAACCCGCAGUGUGGAUUUUGACAGUGGACUACAUCAAUUCUUACUGGUGGUUAGAGCAACAGAAAUCAUGGACCAGCUAUGGAACACUGUGGAGGUACUUGUCAUUAUCACUGAUGUAAAUGAUUGCAUUCCAGAAUUUCAGCAAACCAUCUAUAGCAAAGACAAUGUCCCGGAAUCAGUCACAGUGACAACUUCACUUUUACAAGUGACGGCCACUGAUUGUGACUCAGGACUGAAUGGGGAGGUUUUCUAUCUCAGCCAGAGCCCAGAUUUCAGCAUCUCUGCACAAGGCGUCAUUAAGCCAACAAGGAAGCUGGAUUAUGAACGGCCCAGCCAUCUGUAUGAAUUUGUACUUCUGGCAAUAGACCGAGGAGAGGUGCCCAACACUGGAACUGCAACUGUUAGGAUUCGAAUUUCCAAUGAGAAUGAUGAAGCACCUGAGUUUUCUCAAACAAUAUACAGAACAUUUGUUGCAGAGGAUGCUGGUCCUAACACCCUUGUAGCUACAGUACAUGCCUUUGAUCCUGAUGGGGACCGCGUUACUUACGAAAUUGUGGGAGGAAACCAAGAAGGAAACUUUGUUAUUGAUCCUCAGAAAGGGCUGAUUCGCCUCCGUUCAAGUCUGCUUCCUUUGCUUCAUGAGACAGAAUAUGUUCUCUACGUGACUGCAACUGAUGACAAUUCCUCUGGUGGUUCUCAAAGCCUCAAAAGCACCACCACAGUCAUUGUGAGAGUGGAUGAUGUGAACAAUAACAAACCUGUCUUCCAUAAGUGUGCAGAAUACCGUAAUCAUGCGGUUGUCAUGGAAAACCAGCUGCCAGGCACCUUUGUUCUCCAAGUAGAGGCCACAGAUGCUGACUAUGGAGUGAAUGGCCAAGUGAAGUAUGGACUUGUUCACAGAGAGGGCACCCUGCCUGCUUUCAGCAUUCAUCCUGAUACAGGAAUUUUAACAACGCUGCAGAUUUUUGACCGCGAGAAGCAGAAGGAAUAUUCGCUCACCAUCAAAGCAACAGACCAGGCUGCUGAGCCUCUGAUUGGGCUUUGCCAGAUUAAUAUCCGCAUCCUGGAUCAAAAUGACAAUGACCCCAGUUUUGAAAACAACCGCUAUGAAUAUUUCCUGAGAGAAGAUACCCCAGUGGGAACCAGCUUUCUCCACGUCACGGCUCAUGAUGAAGAUUCCGGUAUCAAUGCCACAAUUACUUACUCAGUUGUAGGAGAUGAACCAUUAAUCUUCCAAGUCAAUAGUUCCACUGGAUGGAUUUAUGUCAACCACCCCAUACCCAGGAAGUCAUUAAUAAUACAAGACAUAAUUGCAACAGAUGGAGGGAAUCGGAGCACAAGGGUGGAAAUAGCUGUGCGGGUCACGGAUGCACAAAACCAGCCUCCUGUGUGGGAAAAAGAAAUAUACGAAAUGGUCAUUCCAGAAAAUACUUUGAGAGAUACACCAGUCGUGACAGUCAAAGCUAUUUCUCUCCUUGGAGACCCUCGGGUGACAUAUACCUUGGAGGAAGGAUUGGUACCAGAGAGUAAUAUGCCUGUGCGCUUCUACCUGACGGUGAACCGUGAGGAAGGGUCUGCCUCUGUCCUUAUAGCUGAGCCGUUAGACUAUGAAACAACCAAGAACUUUAUUUUAAAGAUUCGGGCUCAGAAUGUGGCACCAAUACCAUUAGCGGCUUUUACGACUGUAUAUAUUAAUGUCACAGAUGUUAAUGACAAUGUGCCCUUCUUCACGUCGUCCAUUUAUGAAGCUGCUGUGAUUGAAGGCUUAGAGUUAGGAACAUUGGUCCUACAAGUAUCUGCAACAGACCAAGACCUUGGCCUUAAUGGAGAGAUUACUUAUUCCAUUCUGGAGGAUCGUACUGGAGAUCAUGCAUUUUUCCACAUAGAUUUCCAGACGGGUUCCAUAUACACAGCCUCAGUAUUUGAUAGAGAGGCAAAAGAUUCCUACCUUUUGGAAAUUAAAUCAUCAGAUGGAUCAGAGUCUGCUAGGCCAGGAAAGCAUGGACAGCCAAAUUCGGACACUGCCUAUGUGCGUAUUUUUAUCAGUGAUGUCAAUGAUAACAAGCCUUCCUUCACUCAAAGCGCCUACUAUGUUAAUGUAGAUGAAGAUAAGGAAGUUGGCUCGAUUGUCGUUACUGUCAGUGCUAAUGACCAGGAUGAAGGUAUGAAUGCGAAGAUCAGAUAUCAAAUCACAGGGGGUAAUGUAGGUAGUGCUCUUGAUGUGGAACCUGAUACCGGAGCAAUUUUUAUUUUCCAACCACUUAAUUAUGAGGAAGUAAAAAUAUAUGAACUGAUUUUGUUAGCAUCAGAUGGAAAAUGGGAAGAUUAUGCCACAGUCACCAUCAAUGUAAUCAAUAAAAAUGAUGAAGCUCCCAUUUUCUCUGCAAAUGAAUACCAUGGAAGUGUGAUGGAAGAACUGACAGUCCUACCAGUAGCUGUACUUCAGGUUUCAGCUGUUGAUCCUGAUAAUGUAUCACAUGGAAGCAUCAAAUAUUCUCUACAUGGAAAUGGUGCUAAUAACAUUUUUACCAUUGAUGAGAAAACUGGUAGAGUCUUUGCUCAGAAGACCCUUGACCGUGAAGAACACGUUCUUUGGAGGUUUGUGGUACUGGCCACAGAUGAAGACGGGGAAGGACUUACUGGAUUUGCUGAUGUGAUUAUCUAUGUAGCUGAUGUAAAUGACAAUGCUCCUCAGUUUGUCUGUGUGCUUAAUAACUGCAGUACACAUGUGAUAGAGCAUGCACCAGCAAACACAUCAAUUAUGGACAUGGUAGCUAUAGACCUUGAUGACAAAGGUGUUGAAUCAAAUGCAGUUGUAACAUACUGCAUAGUAGAAAGUGAAAUGAAUCUGAUAAGCUCGGAUUUGUUCAGCAUAAAUUCCAACACUGGCACAAUUUAUACAACAAAUGGAAAUCUAGAUAGAGAAAAAAAUGAUAUACAUUUUCUGCUUGUUGAAGCAAAGGAUGGUAGAGGAUUAUCUACAACUGGUACUGCAACCAUCAGAAUUACAGACAUAAAUGACCAUGUCCCUAGGUUUGCACAACAAAUAUGGAAUGCUGUGGUCUUAGAAAGUGUUGACGUCAACUCAAACAUUAUUCGGGUUUCUGCAGUUGAUGAGGAUGCUGGAGAAAAUGCUCUCUUAACAUUCAGCAUCAUUGAAGGAGAUCCAGAUCAGAAGUUUUACAUUGAAAGUAAUGGCAAGAAUAAGUGGGCUGAAAUAAAGUUAAAAAAGAAGUUGGAUUAUGAAAACCCUCGGGAACGUUGGUUUAAUCUUACAAUUAAGGUAGAAGACUUAGACUUUUCCAGCACUUCCAAUUGUUUGAUAGAGAUACAAGAUUGCAAUGACCAUGUGCCAGUUUUUCUUACUCCAUUUGUUCAAGCAGAACCUUUGUUUGAGAAUAUUACUGUAGGCACAGUAAUCACUCAAGUUUCUGCAUCAGAUGCAGACUUUGGAAACAAUGGACAUAUUGUAUAUAAUAUUAGGCCGGAAUCUGAUAUUCGCGGUGAAUUUCAUGUUGACCAAGAUGGAUUUGUGACUGUGGCAAAAUCUUUAGACCGUGAAACCAUGUCCCAAUACAGCCUCAUAAUUUUGGCUUCUGACCAAGGAAAUCCACCCAAAACGGGAAGUGCAACAAUCUUUCUCAAUGUGUUGGAUAUUAAUGAUAAUGGACCAACGUUUGAUGGUAUAUAUAUGCCUGUUGUUUUGGAAAACAUUGCUUGGCCUUAUGUCGUUCCCAUGAAUGAGAGUUCUGAUUUAUUAUAUGCUGUAGAUCCCGAUACUUCAGAGAAUGGAUCACCAUUUAUAUUCUCUCUACCAAGUGAUUACGAAAAUUCUUCAGAGUUCCUAUUAACUGAUAAUGGAAAUAGUACUGCCACUCUUCAAGUUUUGCGCUCUUUUGACAGAGAAGAACAAAAAGAGUAUUACCUUCCCAUAAUCAUUGCAGACAGUGGAUAUCCAGCUAUAAGUUCUACAAAUACUUUAACAAUAACUAUUGGAGAUGCUAAUGAUAAUCCUCACAGAGAAGGCCACAAGGAUAUAUAUGUUUUCAUGCAUGGUGGAGUAUGGUCAGCGAUGGAGAUUGGAAAAGUAUUUGCACCAGAUGAAGAUGAUUAUGACAAUAAAACAUAUUUUUCAAUCUUAAAGAUACCUGAGCAUUUCGUAUUGAAUUUGAAAAAUGGAUCUAUUACAAUGGCAAACAAGGCUCACCAGGGAAUAUAUGACUUAAAAGUCCUAGUUUCAGAUGGUAUCUGGCCUGAUGUUACAUGCACUGUAAGGAUUCAUGUGAAGGAAGUCAAAAGUGCAGCCAUCCAAAAUUCUGUCUCUGUAAGGCUAAACAAUGUUACUGCAGAAGAGUUUAUACAGAAGGAUGAAUUUGGACUGAGUGGGCUUGACAAAAUGAAGAAUGUCUUGGCAGAAAUUAUACCUACUCAUCACAAUAACAUUCAUAUAUUCAGUCUGAGGAAUAGUGGUAACAGAGAGACAGACUUAAAAAUUGCUGUUCAUAGCUCUUCAGCUUUUUACAAGCCAGAAGUGUUGCAAAGCCUAAUCAAUGAUCACUCAGAUAAGGAUUGCCACCUUAGUUCUGUUUUCCUGGGCAGCUUUAAGUUACACAUGCUACAGGAUGUGCAGGGAGAAACAUUAACCCUUUGA